UCUGACAUGAGAUCAAAGUCGUCUGUGCAUAAGGAUAAAAUAAUAUUUUUAAGUGAUAACUUGAAAAAUGACCGAUACGGAUAUCUUUUGGUUGUAAAAACUGGUAACAUCAGUUCGGCUGGAACUACCUCGAACGUUAUGAUACAACUGUUCGCUGAAAACUGCGCUACUUUAGCGCACGUAUUGAAUUACCCGGAUCCGAAUAAAAUGUUGCUGCAGAGAGGUGGCGAAGACUGGUUAGUUUUGACGUGCGAAAAACAUUUAGGAGAAAUUAAGUACAUGCAAAUUUGGUUCGAUGGCGUAGGAAUUCGUCCCACAUGGUAUUGCGAGGAAAUUUUUGUAAUCGAUUUGCAAACACACAAGGAAUGGAACUUUCAAGUGGAUAAGUGGUUUUCAUUGCGAGACGAGAGAUCAAUCGAAUAUACUGUACCUGCGAAAGUUAAGGAAAUUAGGAAUACUAUAAGUAAUUUACAUAAGCGAGUUCGAUUUUACGUGGAUGGAGAACAUACUUGGAAUAUAUUUGCAAAGUCUCACGAUCAUUUUCUGUCCUAUCCGCAGAGACUCACAGUACUAUUGUCAAUGAUCAUGACAACUUAUACAUUCGGGAUGUUUUUGUUAUCCCCACCAACGUUGUCUACAUCCGAUUCUUUUGGACACGGCGAGUUCAACUUUGAUUUUGAUUUAAUCCUAAUUCCUACCAGCAUCAGUUUAAUCACUUGUACCAUCAAUUUACCAAUGGUAUAUUUCUUCAGGAAUUCUUACAACAGGGUUGACAUGUAUUCGUUUUUUAACGUGGAUAAAAGAUAUCCAGUUAUCAUUACAAAGCUGGUGUGGUGUAUCCUUAUUACUUGGAUUGCACUGUGCAUGACCUACCUCUUGGUAUUUGGAUAUUUCAUAACAAAAAACACAGCUUUCUAUUGGAUAUUCAGCACUUACUCGUCGAUUGUCAUGAGUAUUUUCAUAUUUGAAAAUAUCUAUCUGAUCGUUUACAAUAUAUUAAUGCACAGAUUUUCCAAGGUGACGAAGACUUAUUAUGAUUUCAAUGGGAUUUUGAGGGAAAUCGAGAUGCAGCGUAAAACUCUCUUUAAAUUGUUUGGUGAAACUCUGCUAAGGCCGUAUUUCCAAGCUCAUUAUCGACGAUGGGAGCUGGAUCUGUGGAAGAAAAUGGCAUUGCUGGAAAACAGUCGAUGGGAAGUGACGAGAUUGUUCCACGAUUUUUGUAUUUUUCUGAUUUACUUGUUAAUACUGUAUGUGGUGUCGUUCACUGGUUACAGUGAUUUAGAUUAUUUGAGCAGUAAAUCGAUGUACAAUAUGAUGCAAGGUAGUCUUGUGGAGAUUACCGAGGAUUCGCAUUUCGAUGGUAACGAGUACUACGAUUUUUCGUUGAAAAGAAUCAAAGCAAUUCAAGACAUUUAUGAUUAUUUGAAUAAAACCUUGGUGCAAAAUAUACAUCCAGUUCAUUGGUACGGGAAGUUCUUCUUGAAGGAUGGUGGCCAAAUGAUUGAUUUCAAUACAAAGAUAUUGGGUGUAGUUAAAUUGCGGCAACAACGUAGGAAACAAGUGUGCGAACGAUAUUCCCCAUUGGAUCUGUUGCCGAUUUUAUGCAGCAACGAUAAUCCCACGUUUCGUUUAUGGAAAUACGAUGAUGGCGCAAACAACACAAUAUCUCUAGGUAAACUUGGUUUAUACGACGGAACUGGUUACGUCCAAAAUCUGGGAAGAACAAUAUACAACACGUAUUACCUAAUAGCUCACUUAAAGAGAGCAAACUGGAUCGAUAUAAACACGAAAGUUUUGAUAAUAGAUUUUUGGACGUACAAUGUAAACUAUAACAUUUUUAACAUGGUUCAAGUGUUAAUUGAGAGGGAUUUGUCUGGACGCAUUGUGGCUUCAGAAGAAGUUUACACCGUACGCCUUUUGUAUGCUACCAAGUUUAUACAAAUCAUUGUAACUAUUUGCUGUUUACUGUUUAUAAUUACUAUUAUCAUAAUGAUCGGGCGCAGCAUUGUGUUAUUUGUGAAAGAGAAGAAACGAUUCUUCAAAGAUUUUUGGCACAUUUUCGAUAUAAUUCUAUUUAUAUUAGGUGUCAUCAUGAUAUUGCUGUUUUUCUACCGGCACAAAAUCAUAAAGAGGCUUAUGAAUGAACUUAGCACAUCGAAUAAUAAUCAUUUCGUGAAUUAUUUCCCACUGGUGAUGGUGGGUCGAGCUAAUGUUUUUAUAACUGCAACACUCUUGGCGCUGGCGACGAUACGUUUGUGGAAGUUUCUUCGUUUUGCGAAAGUAUUUCAAAUCAUGGAAAGGACAAUAAGACGAAUGGCUUUGGAUAUAUUUAUUAUCUUGAUUUAUCAUUGUUUUAUUUAUAUCAUGUUUGCUUUAUAUCUGCAUGUAAUGUUUGGAGAUAGCUACGAAUUGUUCAAGACUGUUCCACAAACAAUCACGACUUUGUUCUUGAUUUCUCUGAACUUUUUCGAUCAUUUUGACCACGAAGGAUUGUCUACGUAUGGUUCCACCAUAUAUUUGGUUUAUUCCAUUUUCAUGAUAACUUCGGUUUUCUUCACCACGAUCUACUGCACGAUUAUUAUAAUCGGUUUUGAGGAAUCAAAAAUUUAUUUUUCCAAUCGUUCUCUGCAGUACACUAUAUUAGAUCAUAUAAAAGAUGAGUCUGUUUAUUACAGGGAGGUGUGUAAACGACAGAAUAUCAAUUUAAGAUUGAGAGCCGGCAACGACAAUGAUGACAACAACUCGGAUGAGUUUGAGGAGGAGAAAGUUACUCCCAAAGAGUAUUGCAAAAGAUACGCAGAUUGUUUCACCAUGACCAAUGAUAAAAUGCUAGUUAUGAGACUCGUCGCGAUAUCUAUUAUUAAACUGGAUAAGGAUUUUAAGAUGUUGUCGAAUAAAGCUAUGAGAAAGGAAAUCGUGGAGGAUAAAAUGAAAUUAAUGGCUAGGAUUACUUUAGCCAUGAUGAAACCUAAAAGUGAAAAACUUAGAGCGAACCACGUAUUUUUUAGUGGAAAGGAUCCGAUAGAUAAUAGCACUAGGUUUGUCUCCGAUGAUGUUAUUAUGCAAAUAGAGUACGUGGUUAAGAGCAUUUUAGAACCAACUGAAAUGCCCACCGAAGAUCACACUGAUGUUGUUAUUCAUUCCAAUGAAAAUGAGGAUCGUUUGACGAAAAUCAGGGAUAGAUUGAAUAUGAUUCAUGAAACUAUAGGAAAUAUUAGGAUUGUUUCAAAAUAA